AUGGCUCAAACCCCUCAACAACGCCGUGCAAACGAAAGGUUUGCGAAGAAUGAAGCUGCUAAGCGCGGAAAAGGGCCAUCCGUCUCUAAGCCUAAACAACAGAACAAGUCGCCCAUUUCCACCAGCUGGGUUGUGAUCCUGGCCUUCGUUGUGUGCGGUGGCCUCAUUCUUGAGCUCUUCAGAAUCGUCCCCGAGAUCUGGAAUACCGUGGCCUCGAUGCUCUCCCGAAUCACCGGGUAG